UGAAGAGCUAAUCUGCUCAACAGAGAGGCACAAGAGCAAGCCCCGCUCACUCCUGCCAGCACCUCUGGGGUUUCUGAUGUGACACCCCAUGGUGGAAAGCCUGAGCAAAGCGUGGGGGUUUCACCCCGGAGUCACUUGGCAGCACAUCUGAGGCUGAGUGUGCACACACCGGGCUGGGACAGACUGCUGCGGCGGGGAAGCUGUGUCAGCUCUGCCGUCUCCCUGCCAAAUCAGCACUCAUGUGCUUCCUCUGUUGUGUCCCUGGCAUGACCCUGUUACCAGUAACGCUGCUAACAUGUGAAACUGGUGAAAAGCUGUAAACUUUAGCUUGGGUCGAAAGCUUUCUGAAGUUUCUGAAUCGUCCUCUGGUUUGUCCCAGCACCCACAGCAUAAAGCUGGCGGUCUCUGGCAUUUCACAAGUUUGAGAAGCGGGACUAACUUGUAUGAGCAGCAACCACCACCAAUUACUGAGCACAUGUCCCUGCUGGCACUCGGGUUACUCAGCUUUCGACAUGCCGAUCAGGAGGGCUGCACCCCCGCCCGCCGCCCCUUGCCAGGCUACCUCCCGGCGGCCCCCGGGGGCACGGGGCGGUGGACGUGCACCGGGGCGGGGCGCGCCCCAGCUGACCGCUGGGCGGGGCCGCCGCGCUCAUGUGACACCGCAGCGGGGCUGCCGCCACCAUCGUUCCACUUGGGCUACUGCCGCCGCCGCCGUCAUGGUGCCGUCCCCGCUCGUCCUGCUCCUGGCGCUGGGCGCCGCCGCCACCGCCCUGGCCGAGCCCCUCCGCUUCGUUGACUGCGGUUCCAUAGACGGCAGCAUCCAGGAGGUGAACGUGAGUCCGUGCCCUACGCAGCCGUGCUUGCUCCACAAGGGAACGUCCUACAGCAUCAACGUGACCUUCGCCAGCAAGAUUGAGAGCCAGGGCAGCAAAGCAAGGGUGUAUGGUGAGAUGCUGCACGUGGACAUCCCCUUUCCCAUUCCUGAGCCUGAUGGAUGCAAGUCGGGGAUCCAGUGCCCCAUUCAGAAGGGCCAUUCCUACAGCUACCUGAAUAAACUCCCUGUGAAGAGCGAGUACCCCAGUAUUAAACUCAUUGUGAAGUGGGAGCUGGUGGAUGACCAAGACCAGAUGUUGUUCUGCUGGAAGAUACCAGUGCAGAUCACCAGCUGAGGAGCCCUUUAGCAGGGCCUGGGGAGGGGAAAACUAGAAGACAGCACAGGCCAAAUUCUUUUAUAUAAUAAACAUUUCUUACUGCUUCCUUCAGAGCUCUGCAGCCUCUGAGCAGCCAGUACCGCGUUCCUGCAAGGUCAGCCAUGGGCAGAGGGCUCUUACCCCCUUUAGAGUCCCAUGAGUGUUCUCACAGCAGCUCAAGGGAGAGCAGUGCCUGCUUGCAGGAGCAACUGAGCCUCAUUCUCCAGCUGCUCUAUGGAGGCACAUUAGUUGUUUGAAAUGGAGCUGUGUGUCCUCUCAGAGGAAUUUCUCUGUGAUGAACCUGGCUAGUAUCUGAGCUGCUACCUGGUAACCCUUCAGUGCCUCUUCUAGAAUGCCAGCUACAUCCACCCUCCUGUGCUUCUCCUGCUCCGUCAUGACUGGGAUGCCCCUGGGACCUGUGUUUGCCGUUCAUGCAGCUGAAGGAGAGGAGACUUCCCCUGAGCUGGCAGCCUGCUCUGUCCUGGGCCCGCUUGUGCCAGCAGGACUGCAGCUGGAACACUUUCUUAUGGAUGCAAAGCCAAAUGGCUUUUGGCAUCUCUGCAGGGAUGAUUCUUUCUCUAAUCAAUGGUUUGCACUGCUACUAACUUGGAGCUGCUGGGAGCUCCUGAACCUCUUUUUAUAACUUUCCUUUUAAUAAAAGCUAGAUAUUAACUGC